CCCACUCACUCAUUCCCCAAUUUCAAAAAUCAAAAAAUUAAACAAAAAUCCAUUCUCUCUCUCUCCCUCUCCCUCUCCUUCUCUCUCUCUCUCUAAACUUCAUUCGUCUCCUUUAGAGAAGGGAGAGGAGGAGAAAAAUGGCGGUGUCUAGGGUUUUCGCCGGAGUUCUGGUCAUGUUCACGGUUGUUCUCACCUUAGUUCCGCCGCGCGUCGAGGCGCAAUCUAUGGCCCCUGCUCCGGCUCCUGUCAGUGACGGCACUUCAAUUGACCAAGGGAUUGCAUAUAUCUUGAUGCUGCUGGCCUUGGUUCUCACAUAUCUCAUUCACCCCUUGGAUGCCUCUUCCUACAACUUCUUCUGAGCACUGAAUUGAAGUAGUAGGCAACGCACAGGGGAAUGGGAUUCUAUCAAUUAGUGGUGUAGUGUUCCCCCCUCCUUUUGUCUGCAAUCUUUCUCUGUGUUUCUUCAGAUAUUCUUUUGCUGCAACAUUUCUGAUUUUGCAGUUUUCUCUUGUAAUUGUCUUUUAUCUUUUAGUUUGGGAUCCCAUUUCAUUUGUUCUCC